UCAGUAAUCAGUCAGGAACUGAAUAUCCUGAACCAAACAUUUAACUAUAAUUUGAAUUUCUUUUUUCCCCCCAGACACUGCAAAUGGAUGUCAACAAGCUGAACAUAACCUUGCUCCGAAUAUUCCGCCAGGGAGUGGCGGCUGCGUUAGGACUCUUACCCCAGCAAGUGCACAUCAAUCGCCUCAUUGGCAAGAAGAACAGUGUGGAACUCUUCGUGUCUCCCAUAAACCGAAAAGGAGGCAUCUCUGACGCCCUGCCAUCUGAGGAAGUGCUGCGUUCACUUAAUACCAAUGUUUUGCAUCAAAGUUUAUCCCAAUUUGGAAUCACAGAAGUUUCUCCUGAGAAAAAUGUUCUGCAAGGGCAGCAUGAAGCGGACAAAAUCUGGAGCAAAGAAGGAUUUUAUGCCGUUGUCAUAUUUCUCAGCAUCUUUGUUAUGAUAGUAACAUGCUUGAUGAUUCUUUACAGAUUAAAAGAAAAGUUUCAGCUUUCUUUGAGACAAGAUAAAGAGAAAAAUCAGGAGAUCCACCUAUCACCCCUCGCUUUACAACCAGCACAGUCUGAGGCAAAGACAGCCAACAGCAUGGUCCAGCCUGAGCAGGCGCCGAAGGUCUUGAGUGUGGUCGUAGACCCUCAAGGUCGACACGCUCCUGAGAUCAAAGCUACCACCUCUGUCUGCCCUUCUCCUUUCAAAAUGAAACCCAUUGGACUUCAAGAGAGAAGAGGGUCCAACGUGUCUCUUACAUUGGACAUGAGCAGCUUAGGGAAUGUUGAACCCUUCGUGGCUGUUCCAACCCCACGGGAGAAGGUAGCAAUGGAGUAUCUACAGUCAGCCAGCCGAAUUCUCACAAGAUCACAACUGAGGGACGUCGUGGCAAGUUCACAUUUACUCCAAAGUGAAUUCAUGGAAAUACCGAUGAACUUUGUGGAUCCCAAAGAAAUUGACAUUCCACGUCAUGGAACUAAAAAUCGUUAUAAGACCAUUUUGCCAAAUCCCCUCAGCAGAGUGUGUUUAAGACCAAAAAAUGUAACUGAUUCAUUGAGCACCUACAUUAAUGCUAAUUAUAUCAGGGGCUACAGCGGCAGAGAGAAAGCGUUCAUCGCCACGCAGGGCCCCAUGAUCAACACCGUGAAUGAUUUCUGGCAGAUGGUUUGGCAGGAAGAUAGCCCUGUGAUUGUUAUGAUCACAAAACUCAAAGAAAAAAAUGAGGAAUAUAAUUUGUGGCAGGAUACAGGAUUCGGAUUUAAGAAAAGCAAGAGGAAGCAGGGAAAUAGGUUAGAAGUUGUAGUAACAGUCCAGGUAACAGUUACAAAAGUAAAUGAGGCACUUGGUGGCUGUUGCUAUUUUCAGCAAGGAAGUCACACCCAACAUGUGAAGCAUUACUGGUACACCUCAUGGCCUGAUCACAAGACUCCAGACAGUGCGCAGCCCCUUCUACAACUCAUGCUGGAUGUAGAAGAAGACAGACUUGCUUCUGCAGGCCGAGGGCCUGUGGUUGUCCACUGCAGUGCAGGGAUAGGUAGAACGGGGUGUUUUAUUGCUACAUCCAUUGGCUGUCGACAGUUGAAAGAAGAAGGAGUUGUGGAUCCGCUAAGCAUUGUCUGCCAGCUUCGUGUAGACAGAGGCGGAAUGGUCCAAACCAGUGAGCAGUAUGAAUUUGUGCAUCAUGCUCUGUGCCUGUACGAGAGCAGACUUUCGGCAGAAACUGUCCAGUGAUUAUCUGAAGAUGUACCAGGCCAUCAAUCUCUAGGGGUGACUAAUCAGUUACCCACUUGACGCUUCUAGAAGAAGCUUCCUGGAAUGAAAGAGAAGCCCUGAAGUCAAGCUGUGGCAUGGACAGUGGAAGAUGGCAACCCAGGAAAGAUUGCCAGCCCCUUGUGUAUGUGAAUGCAUUUGUAAGCAGCUCCUAAGUUAUUCUGAAGGUCCUAUGCUGAUGGAGGAAUGAUGGACUUCUCCCACAGCUAAGCAGGAUUUUGUUUUGUCUGUAUUAUCUGCCACCCGGAAUGUAUGUAUGAAACACCCAGUGAUACAUGUCAUCAGAUGAUGACUGGAAGAGCUGCUGAAGAAAUUAUUAUUGUGUGUUUAGAUGCUUUAAUGUUUGCAAAAUCUGUCUUGUGAAUGGACUGUCAGCUGUUAAACUGUUCCUUUUUAAGUGCUAUUAUCUUUCUCAGUUACCAGAAUCUUGCCGCUAAAGUUGCAAGUGAUUGAUAAAGGAUUUUUAACAAAUGAGUCCUUGUUUUUGAAAAAAAAUCAAAAGCAGUAACUAUUUUAUAUGGCAAUGUGUCUUGAUAAUAUUACCUACUAAAUGUGUAUUUAUCAGUACCUCCUAUCAAUCAAUUACAGAGCACAAUGAUUGUCAUUGGGUAUCUAUGUAUUUAUUCUCUAUUAUUGGGCAUAGAGGUGGUUGCUUCUCCAGAACUCUAUUCACUGUAUUUCUACAUUGUGAGUCACUUUACUGUAAAAGGGAAAAACAAAUUCGUAGCAACUCUGACGUAUCAAGAACUUUAGAUACUUGUCUCUCUUUUACUAAGAGUUUUUGAGUAUGCUAUCUACCUGGAGUCUCUUGCCCAAUAAAAGGCAGUUGCUUUGGGCAUGAUCACCUGUCACUUUUCCAGAGGUUCUUCUAAAGGCUGCUGCCAUGGGUAUCCUUACAUUUCAGAAAGGUUUUAAUCCUCAAGAGACAAAUAAAGCUAAAAACGACAACACAAAAACUACACUCAGCAAACACUAGAUGUUCUGCUCAAAUAUGAAUUUCUAAUGCAGCUAUGUUGACUUUGUUUCAUACUGCCAAUAAACUACUCUUAAUACUAAA